AUGGCAAAACGUGAUGUAAUUAGUGCUACAUUUGAACAAGUUGAUACCAAUCGAGAUGGAAAAAUUGAUAGAAAUGAACUGCGCAAUUUUGUUUCUAAUACUGAAGAAUCGCGUCCUGCACCAUGUGAAUCAUCAAUUAUUGAACGUAAUUUUAAUGAUAAUACUACCGGUCGAUUUGAUCGAAAUAUUCAGAAAUAUCCGGCUGAUAAAUACACUCCAUAUGGAACUACAACAUUUGUGAGAGAUGCGAUUGAUGAUACGGUGAUUAAUACAAAUAGUUCAGAAGAAACGAAUCGAUAUAUUGAACGAUCACCUGGUAAUAUUUAUAAGGAUCCUAAUCCACAAAUUAUUCGACGAGCAGCACCGGAACGUCCAGUAACAUAUGAACAACGAAUACAUCUUAAAUAUCUUCAACCACCAGCUGUUCCAGCACCAGGACCACUCAUUAUUAGAGAAGUGCGUCCACCACAACCACCACUACCUCCACCACUUAUCAUACAUGAACAAUCAACAUCUGCUUGUGUACCACCUCCACUUUAUUUACGUGAACGGCCACCAAUACGACCACCAUGUAUUCGUAGUGAAACAACUACUAAGUAUUUACCUGCUAUACCUCUUCCACCACGAUCAGUUAUCAUCGAACGUUAUCCACCUCUUCCAGAAAAACCACGUGAUAUUUAUAUUGAACGAUGGCUUCCUUAUGGACCCCCACCUGAACGUCGUACAAUUGUUGAACCUGCUCCUCCUCCUAUACCAUAUCCAGAACCACGGAAUAAAAUUAUUACUUAUGAUGCUGUUGAAGCACGUACAGUCCGAAAACUUGAACAUCUUGGUCUUUGUAACAAAGAUCCUGCCGAUUACGUAGCUCGUUAUGGCGAUUCACUUUUAGAUUCAGAGACACUUGUUCAACGGGCUCGUAAUGCUGGAGUUAUUGAAGAUUUGUCACCUCCAAUAGGAUUAUCUUCAGGCUAUACACAGAGACGCGUAAAUACUGCUUUUGAUCAGUCAAAUGAAAUAAUCAAUCGAGGUUCUUCAUCAUAUGGUGGAUUCUGUUGUGAUGACUGUCGAGAAGAAGCUGGUGCGCCAGCUAUUAAUCGUGAACAUACAAGUUAUGCAUCAUCAUCGAAGUUUAGUCGUGAUAGUAAAACCAAAUAUGGAGUUUAUGAUGAUGAUGCUUGCCUUACCGCUACAGAUGCUAACCGUGAUGGAAAAACAAAAGAAACAGAACAUCAACAAUAUAUUUAA